GAUGCCCCAGCUUCACCCGAUCCGGAAGGUCCUGCAUCACCGGAUGCGCCAGCAUCUCCUGAUCCUGAAGAACGGAUGCCUAACGGAGUAAUACCUCUGGAUCAAAAAGCACGAGCGGAGAUACCACUAGAUUGUUGGCAGCCGGCAGAGGAUAAACGACCUGAGCCCGCAAAAAUAGUCAAUGUACGAACCCCUAAGAAGCCGAAGCGUCCGAAAGAUAUCGAUGUGCAAAGGCGAGGAUCAGGUGAUGCACUCAUGGAUAAAAGCGUUAGAGCAGAAGUCGGAGACGAUCUCGAAGCGGGUUUGUAA